GGAUCUACAAGUUGUUUGAUUCAUCACAAGACCGACAGCCUGUGUUUGGCGGACUCCGCGUCAGAAUGUUAAUGACAGCUCCGCGUUAACAGAAAUACAGGCUUAAACGGACUUUUUUUUAAUCGUUGGCUUGUUCCCGUAUGGUGUACUUUUCCGGAACUUUCAAGUUAGGCAUAUAUUAAGUUCCAGAGAAUGGCGUUGGCUGAGCCAGCGGAGCUGUUGUUGAUCAAGGACCAGCAUAACCGUGCGCUGGCGUGCCUAACCCGAGGGCUGGCUGCCGACGAGGCCGGGAGGAGACCUGAGGCCCUGGAGCUCUACCGGAGGGGCAGGGAGCACCUCACCCAGGGCCUGGAGGUGCCUACUGGGGGGGACAGGCACAACGGAGCCCCUUGGGACACGGCCAGACAGCUACAGCUGAAGAUGAGGCUGACUCUGAGGAACAUCUCCACCAGACUCGAUGACCUGGAGACUGCAGAGUCCAUGACCACGGAGGGGCCAAGUGAACUGGCGUUGGAUCUUCCCAAGCAGAAUCUCUAUCCCACCCUGGGGCCCAACGUUCAGCCUACCUCCAACCCCCUCCUCCGCCUCUACCCUACCGUGCCCGUCACCUCCACCCAGACCCCGCACCCACCCACACCAUCUCCCUCUGCUGGAGCUUCAGGGACCACAGGCCCAUCUCUGCCCAUCUUCCCAGUACCGGCCCUGGGAGCCCCAGGAGAGCAGCCCCCAGCCUAUACACCCCAGCCCACGGAUGGGCACCACAGCCUGGCCUACAGCCCUGUAGCAGGGCGCCUGGGGGGCCAGCCCCGGGGGUUUGCGGCUGAAACGGCAACGGGAGAUGGAGAUGAGCUGCUGUUUCUCCCUAGAGGGGUGCAGAUGUUUUUCGUGAGCGCCGAAGGACAGGUCAGCUCCCCCUCUCACCCUGGUUAUCUACGCAUCAUCACUUUCGGCGGCGGGAGCAACGACGCGUCCGGCAAAGCGCCUUCAACCUUCCUACACGUGUGUGACUGGCUCUACCCUGUAACCUUGGAGACCCCAGUGCUACUGGCCAACUCUGGCAUCUUCAUGUUCCCAGACACCAUGGCUGGCCCCCAGGGGUCCUACGUGGGCAUAGUGCUGUCCUCAGAGAUGCCUGAGGCAGACAGAGACAUGUUCCAGGACAUUCUGGCCCAGCUCACAGACCUCAGGAUCCAGAAUGGAGUACAUCCAUUCCGUCACAUUCACGCGAAUCAAGCUCUGGAGGAGGGGUCGAGUUCAGAGGUCAUGAACCUGAGUGAGAAAGUCCCCAUUGGUCCGCCCGGGGACAGGUCAGGAGUCCCCAUGGCAACUGGGGGUGCGAUGGGGGAGGAGGAGAAGCCGCCUGUCCCUGAAUGGAGCGAGAAGAUGUCCCAAAGCAUCCUGGCAGGCACCUCUUGGCUGAGUAAAGGCUUUCUGAAAGGGGCUGAGGCCACUGGCAAGGCCAUCCACAAGGGAGCGUCCAAGCUGCGCGAGCACAUCACCCCGGAGAACACGCCUGCGGAGGUUAACCCCCGCGUGACCAGGGGCCUGCACGUGGCCAAACAGGCCACCGGGGGCGCUGUGCGCGUCAGCCAGUUCCUGGUAAACGGAGUGUGCGUGGUAGCCGGAUGUGUGGGGGACAAGCUAGCCCCCCACGUGAAGAAACACGGCGCCAAGCUCAUCCCAGAGUCCAUGAAGAAGACCCAAGAUGGACGCUCAAACCUGGAUGGUGCCAUGAUUGUAGCAGCAAGCAGUAUGCAGGGUCUCUCGGCUAUAUGGACCGGUUUGGAAACUGGGGCGAAGACCGUGGGCAAAAGCGUGCGGUCUGAGACGGUCACGACAGUGAAGUAUAAGUAUGGCGAGGAAACCGGGCAAGCCACAGACACGGCUGUUCAGUCUGUGGUCAACGUGGGCGUGACGGCCUUCAACAUGGACAACCUGGUAAUAAAGGGCGUAUUGAAGGGCACCGGGAAGACCACCGCCAAGGCUGCGGUCAAAGACCACAACCCGACAACCGGAGAACCGGCCGAGAAGCGAGAGAAGGAGUAUGGGGAGAAAGCGAAGUAAGAGGUGUAGGGUAUAUUUUUUUGCUGUGGUCACGUGUUUGCAAAAUGAGCAGAGAGAGGGUUAUACUUUAGGUGUUUUUUUAAUUAUUAUUAUAAUUAUCUGUUUGGCCAUGUGCAUUAUAUAUAUAAUUAAUAUUAUAGACUACAUAUAUCUGAUUGAUUAACUGUUGACAUCUUGCAUCUCAAAAUUGAUAUAUUUUGAUAUUGUAAGUGAUUCACAGUGUAUUUUAUCUAAGUAUUUCCCAGCCCUAAUUAUUUGCACUAUUAACAUUUAAACCACUCAAGUAAAUUAGUGUUAUUCAUGCCAUUUGUUAAUAUUGCAAAGAUAACCCCCAAAAUACCAUGAAGUAAAUAAAGGAUUAGGCUAUGUGUACAUUAGUGAAUACACAUAAUGAUAUUUCUGUUGAUCUAUUUUUUGCCCCUUGGUUAAAAUAAAAAGGUCAAACCGG